AUGGUCAAUCCUCAUCUUUCGCUGGGCAUUGCCCAGACCAUAUUUUACCUGCCAAUGCUACCAUUAGCAAUCUGGCUAAUGAUUAGAAAUGGCAAGAUCCGACCGAGAAUGGCUUGGUGGCCACUCAUCCCCUUCACACUAAUGCGACUUGCUGGCGGCCCCGUCAUCAUAGCCAUGGUCGCAAACAUGGAAAAGAACAACGGCCACCCAGACGUAGGCCUGACCAUCGCCGCCAUCAUCCUCCUCAACGUUGGUGUAAUUCCCCUUAUUGUCGCCGAUUUGGGCCUCACAAGAAUCAUCCUGAUGGAUAACUUUGGAGAUGGCCCGUUUACGCACCGAAUCACCGUCGGCCUCCGACUCACCUUCGUAGCCGCCAUCGCACUACUUGGUUCCGGCGGUGGCAUCGGCUCCCAGCCCGACCCAAACCUCGUUCACAUCGGACACAAUCUCGUGCUCGCCGGAUAUAUCAUCUUCGCCGUCGAGCUCGUGGUCCUCACCCUGAUGCAGGUGUACUACUACUCACGCAAGUCCAGCCUUCUACCGAGCGGGCAUCAGGUCCUUCGAGGCGCUCUCAUCGCCAGUCCGUUCAUCAUGGUCCGAACCAUUUAUGGCCUCAUUGAGUCUGCCCAUGCACAGGAUGCGAGCACGCUCUGGAAUCCAGUGUUUGGAUACCCAGCCACUUCUUCCGCCAUUUUGUUUGCCUUUAUGGCACUCGUUAUGGAGUAUAUUGCUCUGAUCGUGUAUCUGUGGUCUGGGUUCUCCAUUGCGCCGGAUCGCGGGUUGGUGGCUAGUAGAGACGCUGAGGCUCUGGCCAAGCCAUGA